AUGACAAUCCUUGCAAUUCUUUUGUGCUUGAGCCUCGGUUAUUUGGUGCCACACCAAGUUGAUGCUCAGACGCAGAUUCAUCCGUCAGUAGGGUUCUUGCCUAUUCCGCUGAAUCAAUCCAACUUCGUCGUGCAAAGGUCGUAUGACGUGCCGGUAGAUCAGAGAUACAGCUUCAAAGAUGGAGCUCACACGCUGUACGUGUUCGACACCGACAAGCCUCACUCCCCCACAAGCAAAACCGGGCCACGCACCAAAGUUCGUAUCCAUGGAUAUGACUAUUCCUCCGGAGUGUGGCAAUUCGAAGGGCAAGGAUACGUGCCAAGCGGAACGACGGGCGUCUGCAUCAUGCAAGUGUUCGGGACCGUUGGUCACGAGACGACCGCCAUGCUUCGGGUCUACAAUGGCACACUGUACUACCACAGUCGCCAAGUCUUGGUUGAGAACAUCUACGAUAGAUGGUUCCAGCUCAAUGUGAUCCACGACAUCGACGACUCCAAUGUGAAGAUCUACAUCGACGGCCAACUCAAGUAUGAGGCUCCGGGCAGCGGCGGGGCUUCUCACUAUUUUAAGUUCGGGGUUUAUAGUCAAGAUAAUAAAUCUCACUGCAUGGAGUCACGUUGGAAGGACGUUAAGGUUCUCAAGAUGUUGACGUUCUGA